GGUACAUCAUAAAAGGUCGAGGGGAAUGUGGUAGAACCCACAAAAUUAGUUUGGAAAUGUGGCACAUUUCUUAAAAAUCUCUUAAUUAAUUUCUCGCAACUCUUCUUUGCUAAGGAACCAAUAAAUUAUUAAUCUCCCAACUGUGUUGAAUAGAUCUUUUUCUCUUAUCUCUUCUCUUUGUUUGAUAAAAACUUCAAUCAUCCCGAGAUUUUGUUUUUUGUAUAUCUCUCGAUCGAUUCUACUCCUAAAGGUUGAAGCUUUAUCUUGUGGGUUGUGUAAAGUUUCCACCUUUUCGUCGUCUUCUCUCAAUCGUGUCUUAUUUGAAUCUGUGAGAAAUGGGGCAACAGCAAUCAAAAGGUGAAUUGCUGUAUCAGCAAGUGAGUUAUGGUAACUCAGAAGGGAUUCGAACUCUUCGUCGAGAUGGUGCAGACCUUGAGUGGAUGGAUAGAGAAGGGAAAACUCCAUUGAUCUUGGCUUGUAUGAACUCGGAGCUUUAUGAUGUUGCUAAGACUUUGAUUGAGCUGGGCUCUAAUGUUAAUGCUUAUCGUCCUGGUCGUCAUGCUGGGACUCCUCUGCACCAUGCUGCAAAAAGAGGUCUUGAGAACACUGUUAAGCUACUUCUUUCGCACGGUGCAAAUCCACUUGUUCUUAAUGAUGAUUGUCAGACACCACUUGAGGUCGCUAGAGUCAAAGGGUUCAGCAAUGUCGUACGUGCAAUUGAGAGUCACAUCUGCUUGUUCUCUGGUUGGAUGCGUGAAUUUUACGGCCCUACCUUUCUUGACUUAUUUGCUCCGCAGCUUCUUUCAAGAAGAGUAUGGGCAGUCAUCGUACCAACUGGUUCAAGAAACGCUUCAAAACCUUUUAAGUUGGAGCUUGUUGUAUAUGCUAGUCUGCAGGAUGCACAGCCACGCACAGUGAUGCCUUUGUGGAAAGCAAACUUGGAAGAACCAAAAGGGAAGCAGUCCGAUACUUCAGUGAUGAUUGUUGAUAACUCCACAAUCCCAAGCCGCAGGAAGAAGAAACGAAGGGCCUGCGCCUCCCACGGGAGACGUGGGCCUCAAGUAGUUAGGCAAACACGUCUUAAACUCGCACCUUCGACUGAAGGUGACACACAACAGCUAAAGUGGUUUUGUGAUGCUUGUAAAGGGAUUCCACAGCCUAUGCAUCCACCGGUGUUUCUCCAAGCAGAACCAUCUGCUCCACCACCACCAUCAGAAGAUGAACUAGCCAUGGCAAUGAACGCCUCACUUCAUACUACUACGAGUGACCCAUCAAAUCUCAGUCACCAUUCCAUCAGCCAAGCAAGUUCCUCAUCCGGUCCAAGCUCAUCAACCGCACCUCCUCCUCGCUCAGGAAAAGCAAGCGCCUUUGAUCACAAUAGCCAUGGAAUUGGCAUCGUCCUAGAAUCUUCACCAUCAGCUCCUCCAUUGACAGAUGAUGAUAUAGCAACUGUAGCAGAAGGUCCGGUUCAUUACCCAUCAAUCGAUUCAACACCCGUUGAUGUCCCAUCAGCUUCAACAGAUACUGAAAGGAAAGAAGACGGGAGCACUGGAACGUGUGCGAUAUGUCUGGAUGCUCCAUCUGAAGCGGUUUGUGUCCCGUGUGGACAUGUCGCUGGAUGCAUGUCUUGUUUGAACGAGGUCAAAUCCAAGAAGUGGGGAUGUCCCGUCUGUCGUGCCAAGAUCGAUCAGGUUAUUAAGCUGUACCGUGUCUGAAAAUAGACAGGUACAACAAACUCCAUGAGAGUGUAUCUAUCUUUCAACCAUUGUUUGAAACUAUCUCUAUCAAACAACCAAAAUCAAUUCCUUAUUUCUCAUAAUCAAAAGCGAAAACAAUAUGUUUAUGUUUUGGAACUGAAGAAACAGUCCCUAUGUUCUGUAUAUAUCGUUUUGGCCGAAAGGAAGAAUGUAAAAAGAGUGUUAAUAUAUUUUUGUUUCUCUCUA